AUGUCACUUGGCCUGCCCUUCGACUAUUGCUGGAGCAAAUUUUCGAAUCAAAUGGAGGACAACCUGCUGCACGUUGGAAUGUCCUUCCUUGAGGAUGGAGAAUUCUACCUGUAUGGCCCUGCAAUUCGUGAACGGAUAGCAUCUACAACGGAAGAGACAUCUUUCGUGAGACAGCAAGCACGCCAGCUUUUUGUUACUAUACAGUCGCAUCUAGAGACUCCGUCAGCAGAGAUGCGGAAACGGUUCAGCACGACAGAAGGGGUGCAAGCUUAUAUCACUGAAUACCUAGCCAGUAAAGUAGGACCAGGAGAACAAGAAGGCGAAGAAUCCGGGUUUGGGCCGUCGAAGUACUCCGGUGAAACUAUCGCCUUGGCAAAUGCAGUGCUCAAGGAAUUACAUAGAAUCUUCGCCAAGCUCAUAGUUGCUAGUGACGCUUUUAAGCAGGCACAGCGAACAGCGGGAAUGAGGGUGAGGACAUGGGUCAUGGGAGAGUUUUCUGACUUUCGUAGGGAGAUAAAUGCGUCAUACUUCAUAGAGGCUGCCCACGGAUGCCUGCAGCAGUGCACGGGACCCCUCCUUGCUGACAAGAGGUUGCAAACCCAGUGCACAGGUUCACAAGGAAGCCCACAACCACUGGGAAAAUGUGCUGACCCUGCGGAACAGUUUCAAAGGAUAGUAAACAAAGAGAUGUGGGAAGGAUUUUUGGCAGACUGGCUUGCACAGGGUAAGGCCCCUGCGGCCUGUGCAGAGCUUGUCGAACUCCAGGAAGAAGAUUCUCAAGCGUGGCAACGUCAGGUUUAUCUCAUGGCCUCCCAUCUCGACACGAUUGGCUGUGGAAAAGAUCACCGAGGACUUGACUCCUUCGGACGCUACUCCAUCAAGUUGGAGAUGAUACAGCAGUUGUACGACAUGUUUGCUAGUGCUACAAAAACACCCACGCUAGAAACGUUUAUCGCCUGGUUGGUAAAGCUUCGGGAGCCUUUGCCGAAGAACCUUCAGACGCCUACAGCCGUAGCGCUUCAAUACGCUAGCGGCCAUCCGCAGACUCAAGUGCGAGUGAGUAAAGCAUUUAACAUCGCAGUGAAACGGGAUCCAUCUUAUUCGCAGUGCAGGGCGGAAGAUACAAAGAUCAUUUCCGAACUCAUUCCUUCUUUGGGAAGCGUCUUCCAUACUUUGGAAGCCUUCGACAGCUUCAUUAAGGAACGGCGCGCCCAGGAGGAAAGUGUCACUAGACAAGUGACUGCACCCCUCGCUGCCAAGGCCAGGCCCAUUCUCAGCCAGAUGAUGAUAACGUACACAACAACAGCAACGUCAUACCCAGAAGCAGUAAUACGCUAUCCGGCGUUUUUUCCUGCGGCUACUGUUGAUUCGCUCUCCAAGCUGGGGAUGAAAGCAAUGCGGGUCUUCGCCUACAUGCAAGACGUUCUUGGAAACAUGUCGAUCGCUCGGUUGUCCAGCCCACAAAACGUCGAGCACUUCUUUAAUUCAGCUAGUAUCACAGAAACCUGGACUAAGGAUUCAUUAGAGAUAUGCGACAGCACAUGCUCUCUACGGUCUGAGGGGGAAAAUGGCGUCUCUAUUACUAUAGGUGCAGAAAUCGCUGUCAAGCCAUACACCUUUCCGGCAACUGCAGAGGAGACAUUGGCAGCUGGAGUGUUUGGCUGGUUACUUCCAACGUUUCCAACGCUUCCAUGCAAACGGCCUAACAGGAAAGUGGUUCCUGUGAUCCUGCCGGUGCCCCCUCCCACUGUACCUCCCCUUCCGACUCCUUCAAAGGAAGCUGAACCUGAGAAGGAACCUGAGGAAGAGCCGUCUCCUCCUCCGCCACCACCACCACCAACAGCUACAGAAACGACUACCGUGCCCCCACCAGAACAAAGGCCUGAGCCGUCUGAAGUCACAGAGGAAACGAUCAUACCAACACCACCUAGGCGUGUAUCCACUAAGAAAGUUCACAAGAAAAUCGACGUAGUCAAAACUGAAAACGCGGAUGCUGUAGACCCGGAGGAAAUGAUCACCCUCAUUCCACCUAAGCCAGAAGGGGGACAAAAAGUGGAGAAGACAGAAGACGCCUGUAUGCUAGUUGUGCGCCUCUACGAGCAGUAUAUCGAAGGCUCCUCAAUCAAAGAAGUUGAUUCCCUUCUUGAACGUGCAAUGGAAGUUCCGCUGUUUAAGUCCACUAGACGAGAGCUUGGAAUCAAGGAAUCUGACAAUUCAUUGCAGAAGUUCCGUCUAGCCUUAUGCGUUAUGUGCGCUAAACACAUACCCUUAUUGCAGCUGGCAACGGGAGAGGCGAGGGAGCAACUCAGAACUUCCAUUGAAAGGAGCAAGGAAGCAUGCGGCCAGGUGUACGCAAAAACUGAUUGGGCGAAUUCACCUGUUACAACGAGCGUACAACUGAACUUGCAAAUAUCCGCCCUAUCCCAUCGACUACUCGGUGGAGUACAACCGCUGCUGCAAAGUGCUGAAAAGGAGGCCAAAGCCAUAGAGGUUUGCGCCUCAGCAGAAGUACUAGGAAGGUCUUUACAGGAUGCCAAGGCAGCACAGCUUGCAGCGAUCUUUGGCUCACCCGCUCGUGUUGGGAGAAAGCGAGUGCCUCCCAGCACUAUGGCUGGUGGAUUGAGAAACUGGGUAUCUCAGGAUGUAGGGUUGAAGGCUUGGGCAACUGAAGCGCACAAACAGCUAAAAUCUGAUAAGUAUGUAGCGGCUUUGUGCUCUGCCCUUCGCUAUGCUGAGUUCGUGCGUCAAAUAUCAAUGCCGGGAAUGACAUUUGACCGGGUGCUGUCUCACUGGAAUCUUUCCCUCCCUUCAAAUGGCCUGAUGCUAGUGAACGCGUUGCGAUCUGCAUCUAAUCCGCGGCAGACAUUAACGCAGGAACUUUGCGUGCUGACCCCUCCAGGGCAUGAAGUGCAACAAUUGCCGAGGAGGUUCGAUCAGGCCCAGUGGGCGGCGAUGAUGUUGCAAACGGGAGAGGAAGCCGAAGCUUCAGCAUCUG